AAGCACUCUGUUGCAUACAGCCCCAGGACACCAGGCAAGUCAUCCCAAAUCUGCCAGAGCUCCCAGCCUGAUGUGAGAUCAGGGAGGUGUGUGCCCACGCAUGUGCCAAGAUCAUAAACUCUUGGUAUACGCAUUGUAAGGGGUUGAGGAACAGAAUUUCAAAUGCUCAUGGAAUCCAGAGUUUCUGGAGCCAUUGAGGUUAAAAUGAUGCACACAAAACCAUUGCCCAGAGGUUAUCUUUAAACCUUAAACCAAAACUGCUGCCCGAAAGUCAUCUUUAAACCAAACAAUAAAAAGAAACCCACUGCCGUCAAGUCAAUUCCAACCCAUAGUGACCGUGUAGGACAGAGUAGAACUGCCCCACAGGGUUUCAAAGGCUGUAAAUCUUUAUAGAAGCAGACUGACCCAUCUUUCUCCCUCAGUGCAGCUGGUGGAUUCAAACCUUUUGGUUAACAGCUGAGUGCUUAACUGCUGUGCCACCAGGUCUCCUAGUAAACCAUAGUUCAGUUUAAUUUUUAAAGAAUGUUUGCCCUGAACAUUGUGCUCUUUUAAAGAACUAUCUAUGUGCAGUCAGUUUGACAACAGCAAUUUCAAAGAUCAGACUAGAAGCUAUGUUUCAAGGUCAAUCCUGCAUGUCCACAAGUUAUUUUGUAAACUUUGUUCUGGCCCUGUUUCCAUGGCAAUGAAUAAACACUAGCAAUAAGCUGAGGUAUAAAAAUAUCUAAAGGAUCUUUCUUCUCUGGGACAUUUUGACUCUCUAGUCAGAAAUGUUGCCCUAAUUUGCAAACUGUAUAUUAAAUAAACUUCAAUCAGUUCUAUUAUUGGCUUAACCUUGAUUUUAUUUUAACAGGGUAACUGGGAAAAGUUAAUCAGAGAUGGCUGCCUGGAGGUGUACAUUUACCAACUAGCAGGAACAACAGGAUGGUUGGAACUGAGGGGGAUUAUAGGCCUAGUUACAGUUCCAGAAGUCACAAUCCUAACCCUCAAAGCCUAAUUUCCUUUCUUAGAAAUGUUGGGGGAGAAGUUAAAGCCAGAGGAGGGGCAGGAAUGUCUGAGGUAGCAACACCUCUCUCCACCCGGGAAACUCAUGUCAGUCUGGAGUCUGUCCACCCUGCAGGCCACAGGAUCUGGGUAAGCUGGGAGUGCACAGGGACCCUGAUGGGGCGGGGGAGGGAGACUGUGAGAGGAAAGACCCUCAUGCCCAGAGUAAGGUGAGGCUAAGAUGGGGGAGGGAGAGAAUGGGUUUGAGGGUCCUGGGCCCAAAAGGAAGGAAUCUUCUCCAGCUUCUGGGUCUCUGCUCCCCAAAGAAAUUAAAAAUAGCCCAUCCCCAUUGCUCCCCUCAUGGCUGCCUCAGGCUCUUCCUGUCAGCUGUACUUCUGCUCCCCGCCCCCCACACACACCCAAGAAUUCCUCUUGAACCCUGGAGGGUCUCAGUUUCCAGACUCUGGUCAGUGCAUCUGGCUCUGGAGUGAAGUCAACAGCCCCCUCUUUGCUCUCAAACAGGAACCAGUGGUUGGAGGACAGGAAAUGCCUGAGGGGAAGUUAUGGGGCCCUAGACACUCUCUCAAGCCCCAUUUCAGCCCCAUUCCUAACUGCCUGUAAGGUACAGCUUUCCACACUUGCCAAGUAGGGCCCCCUGCGAGUUGCCCUGGGGCUAAGGCAGCAGCAUCAACUGCAGGGCACUGCCUUCCUUAUUUUUCUACCAGUUCCUACACCCACUCCAGACCCUGGCUGCUCCUCCUCUGUCAGUCCUCUCACCAGAGCCUAGAACUAUCCAACUGGAGAGACUCCUAUGAACCACCUGGUCAGCCUAGGACAGAGGGAAAAGAGUGGGCUCUAGAGCUAGACACAGCUGACCUUGGACCCCAGUUCUGCCACUUCUGGCCUAGGGGUCCUCAUAAAAGUCAGUGGCUUGACCCUCAGUGUCUUAGUUAUCUAGUGCUGAAAUACCACAAGUGGAUGGCUUUAACAAACAGAAAUUUAUUUUCUCAUGGUUUAAGAGGCUAGAAGUGCAAAUCCAGAACACUGGCUCUAUGCGGAAGGCUUUCUCUCUCUGUCGGCUCUGGAGGGAGGUCCUUGUCUCUUUAGCUUCUUCUUCCUGAUUCCUUGGAGAUUUCAACGUGUCUUGGCAUCAGUCUUACCCCAUCUCUCUCGCUACUUUCUUGUUUAAUCUCUUUUUAUAUUUCAAAAGAGAAUGACUCAAGAAACAUCCUAUACUAGCCGUGCUUCAUUCACAUAACAAAGACAACCCAUUCCCAAAUGGGAUUAUAACCACAGGCAUAAAAACCAAAAAACGAAACCUGUUGCCAUUGAGGCAAUUCUGACUCAUAGCGACCACAAGCAUAGAAGUUAGGAUUUAUAACUCAUAUUUUAGGGGGACAUAAUUCAAUCUAUGACAGUCAGGUUUCUUGCCUGGGAAGUGGGCACCAUAAUCCCCUACUGUGUUGUGGAGAUCAGUGGUGACAAAUGAAAAGUACCCAGUUCAGAGCUGUCACUAGGUGAGGCUCCUCAGCCUGGAAAACAGUUGCAACAGAGGGCCCUCGCCUUACAGAUGAGGAACUUGAGGCACGUGACUCACCUAAGAUCAGGGGCUACAUUUCCUGACCUUGAGGCCAGUCCUCAGUCCACGGCCAUGAGAAAGCCAACAACGUCAAGUGGCACGGACAAUGGAUUCCUUCCUUAUAAAAGUUUUUUUUUUAGUGUCUGCAGCGCUGGGAGGGUUCCUGCUCCUAGUCAUGGGCAUUCUGUCCACCUGUCUGUGUUGGCUCCACCGGAGAAUAAAGAGGGUGGAGAGGAGCUGGGCCCUGUCCUCAGAGCAGGAGCUCCACUAUGCAUCUCUGCAGAGGCUGCCAGCACCAGGUGGUGCUGAGGGGCCCAGCCUCAGCAAGGGAGACCAGCAGGAUGCCAAGGAAGACCCCAGUGCUGACUAUGCCUGCAUCGCCAAGAAAAAACCCACCCUAGCACCCCCAGGCGCCUCCCUCAAGGGGUAGGUAGGGUUGUUCUGUAGUUCACCCAGUAAAGACCGUGGUCUCCCCACCUUCUGCAUCUCAGGCUUCUCUGUACAUCUCAAGCCCCCAUUAGAAAUGACCACAGUCAAAACUUAAAUGGCUUUCCACCACCACACCCCCACUCACUCUGGAGUCAAGUGGUGAUUUAUUGGAUCAAGAAGGGCAUUAAAGAACCCAAGUUCCCCUAAAGGCCAAGAAAGAGUAUUUUUCUAUGGGCCUGGCCACAAUGAGGUUGUUGACAAGGAGGAAAAAUAGAUGCCAUAAUCCCCACACCUCAGGAGAAUCUGCCUCAGCCUGCUGGACCUGGGAGAGGUGGAUGUGUUGAGCCUCAGGCAGGUAGUGGGAGGGGGCUCUGGGCUCUAUUUAGGGAAGCAUCCUCCUUGGGCCUUUCUGGUCUGGACUUAGUGGAGGGGAUAGUUAAGAGCCUGGGGCCCCUGGAGAGGGGCAUAUUGGGGCUCCUGGAGAAUGGAGAGGAAAAUAUGUGAGACUGAUAAGGGGAAGUUAGUAGUGGGACAGAGAGGGAUUUAUUGGAGUCCCUUGAAGAGGGCUGGGAAUCACGGGGCUAGAAUCACUCCUCAGAGGCCAUCCAAGUGGUGGCAGGGUGUUCCCAAGUGACAGGGAUGGCAGGGUGUUCCCACACAACAGGUGCCUGGCAGGAGAGACCACAAGUGCGGCUCAGCACUACAGCAUCUUGUCUUCUUGGCCUCUGUCUCUCCCUCUCCCAGCCCUCUUACUGUCCCUCCCAUCUCCUCUGCCUUUGCCCCUGGUGCCAUUACUUACAUUUGCCCUGGUAAUAGAUGGUGC